AUGCCGCAGGAGCGACUUUUUAGGGACAAAAAGGACGAGAAAGACGAGAAAGACAGCAGAGAGAGGCCAGAUUCCAGCAGACAGCGAGGUGGAGAUGGAGAUGGCGGAGACGGCGUUAUAUCUGGGGGCCAGCGAGCCCAGCUAGCUGCUUGGAGUGCGUGGUGCGAGAGUCUACAGGAACAGCGGCUUCGGCCCGGCUGA